AUGGAAUCGGUCACCGCUAAGUCUCCGCCCACAUCGGCUUCGUCGAUGUCCAUGAGCGACGUCGAUAUGUCGGAAAAUUCGUUAUCAUCGAGCUACGAGCCACCUGCUGGACUCAGCGGACCGUCCGCCAUCUUGCAUGAGAUACUUCAAACCUAUGAUCACAGGGUCCGGCCAAACUUUGGGGGAGCAGCCACGAACGUUGCGUGCAGUAUCAAUAUCAUCAGUUUGGAUUCUGUUACCGAAAUUACGAUGGACUUCGGAAUGACCAUCCUGCUGAAGGAGUACUGGAACGAUCCGAGACUAGCCUACGGGAACAAGUCCCACUUGCCUUACCUAGGAUCGGGGAAGGACAUGAUAGAACAGAUCUGGGCCCCGGAUCUAUUUUUCGCCAACGAGAAACAGGCCAACUAUCAUGACGUCACGCAACCAAAUAGGCUCGUUCGCAUCUAUCCAAAUGGGGAUAUUUACUACAGCAUGAAGUUGACGUUGGUUCUCUCGUGUCGAAUGAAUUUUGAGACUUUCCCCAUGGACAUGCAACGGUGUAGAACCGUUGUGGAAAGUUAUCAGAGUACGGAUAACGAGCUAACGUUGGAAUGGAGGGAGCCGGACGCAGUGGUCCUCAGCACAUUGAUCAUGUUGCCUCAAUUCAGUGUGAUACCCGAGCUCAGUCAUGGCCCUUGCACCGACCAGUUUUAUACCACAGGCAACUAUUCCUGCAUCGAGUUCUCCUUCGUGCUCAUCCGCGAGCUCACCUUCUACGUGGUCCAGGCCUACAUGCCCACCGCCCUCCUCGUCAUCAUCUCCUGGGUGUCCUUCUGGAUCGACAUCAGUCAGGCCGCCGCUCGGGUCUCUCUCGGCGUCACCACCAUACUCACGAUGACGACAACGACCACGGGCUACGCGGGGUCCGCCGGCCUGCCGAAAGUUUCGUAUACAAAGGCCAUCGAUAUUUGGUUUGAUGCUUGUUUAGCCUUCGCCAUAUCCAGUUUAUUUGAAUACUCUGUGGUUCACUAUUUAUGGACAAAAGACAGGACAGAGAGACAAAGACAAAAGGUCUUGAGGAAAAAUAAUAAAAAGUUCCAUUUUCCCAGCACCUGUUUGAGUGGUCCCGACAACGAGUCCCCAAACCGUCACCAUCGUCAUCAGUUCCGUUCGGCCACCAGCGGUCGAUCGACCGAAUACACCGUCGCCAUCGACGAGAACAAGCCCGACCCGCGAUUCGCCAAUUACAACUACGGACCAACAUACCGACCCGUCCGAAAUGAACAGUACCGAAACAACUACGACAACGAAACCCCAAGGAUGGACUCGCUAGACGAGGACGUCGAGAAUGGAAUGGCUUACGAGAGUCGUAACCACAGAGACUGUCAUGUUCCAGGUGAAAAAGAGCAUCCCGUAUUCUUUGGGCUCUUCAAAUCGUCGUCUUCGUCGUCUUCGCCCUCACCUUCGCAGGGCUCGCACCGGAGCUCGAAGCUGCUGGCCCUGCGGAUCGACCAGCUGGCCCGCGUCCUAUUCCCGCUCACUUUCCUCCUCCUUUCCGUCACUUAUUGGUCGUAUUAUCUAAGCCGGCGUAGGGUGUCUGAUAUAUUAUGAAACGUGUGUGUACUGCCCAAACUGACAUUAACCGCUGUAACCAUGGCAAUGGUUCCAGGACCAGGUCUAAGGAUCAAAAGAACCUGAUGAACAUUAUAGUACCACCUUUCUCCACGCCUUCUAGGACUAAACAUCUGUGUUAGCUGUUCCGUGCCUGGACCAAGAAACCUUUCUCCUAAAGGCGAUAGAUGAGAUAGAAGGUCCGCUGUUCAAGAGGGAUGACGUAAAGAACAUUAAAUAUGAUGAACUGAAGGAGCACAUCAGGAUGAACAGAAGAGAUAGAAAAGAAAAGGGAGGAAAAUUAGUUCAGGAUAGAUGCUGACAAAGGGAGAAAGCGUCAUGAAUAGAAAUUAAAUGGUUAAAAGUAAAGAAUACGAUGACUUUUAUAGAACUAUAGAAAGUUAAUAUCUAUGGCUAGCUCUGUAUAAAGAUAUUUAAGACAAAGAAGGAUUUUAAUGAAGUGUUGUGUUCCCACAUAUUAUAUGUUCAGGUGCUAGUCCACGCUGAUUACAUACUUUUUUGACAAAAGAGGAGACUGUGAAUGAAUUGCUGAUUUGUAUUUAACCAGACUGGCCCUUGCGAGUUGCCGGACGGCAUUGGAUCUUCCUAUAAAGUUGAGAGGGAAAAUGACACUUUCUAACAGAAUAAAAUACGACCAAGGUCAUUAGGGGUAACUACCUUUAGAGGCAAUCGAAUGUCAAAAGGGGGAGGGGAGAAGAUAGGAAAGGGAGGGGGAAAUGAACUAUAGGGCCCCGGCCUGCCGCCCUCCCACCCCUCCUAUAACGGUGGACUAGUAAAGUUUUAUUUCAUUUACCGCGGAAGGCCGAUGCCGUCACUGGCUUUGAGGAGGCCAGAAUGGCGUGAAAUCUGUAUUAGAGCCUUCAGCAGACGGCAAGUGAGACAUACGGUAGUUUCCCGCCAAAUCGGGGCAACAUCCUCCAGUUAUGGCGCUUAAGAUCUAGGGUCUGAACCGCAUGGCGAAAUUAAGGGGGCAGGUGGACGGGGGCACUUGAAUUGGCGCAAAACACGACAAAAAGAUUGUCGCAAAAUAAAAACGCAUGUGAGAGAAAGAGAAAGGAGAGAAAAGUCACGUUCCGUUAAGUAUUAUUAUGCGCCUCGACAUGAAAGGUACAUUGUAUUAGAAAUACAGAUUUAUAAUGCUGGAUUGCUUUGCCCCCUCGCCCCCUGCAGCCCGUAAAUCCCGCACCCGGCCACCCCC